GAGAAGCUGGAGCUGUGGGCGGGCGUGCAGUCGACGCCGUCGCCCGACGCCGACGAGGGCGUCGCGCCGCUGCAGGGCCUGCAGGGGCUGCAGGUGCUGCAGGGCCCCUCGGGCGGCCCCAACAGCUGGUCGGCGGCGCUCUUCGAGUACCUGGGCUUCAUCACGCUGUCGGACAACCACAGCACGGCGUUCAAGUCGCGCGAGCUCAAGUCGGUGACGGUGCCGUCGUGCACCGCGCGCUUCCUCAAGCUGCGCCUGCACAAGAACCACAGCAACGCGCUCAACCCGCACAACCAGGUGGGGCUGAUUGCCAUCAACGUGCUGGGCCAGCAGCUGGGGCCCUCGCGCUCCGGCAGCGCGGGCGGGGGCGUGGGCGUGGGCGUGGGCAUGGGCGCGGGCCCCGAGCCCAACAACAACGGGGAGCCGGCCGCCAGCAACGGAAACAACAACAACAACGCCCUCCUGCUCGUCAACAACCCGCAGUACACGUCGCCCUACGACGACCUGGCCUUCGAGAUGUACGUGGACCAGGAGGUGGCGCGCAUCAUCCGCACCAUGGAGCUCAAGAAGCAGCAGGCCCUGGCCAUGGAGGACCUGCGCACGGCGGGCGAGCGCCUCUCCAAGUACGAGCUGGAGAAGCGCCAGGCCAUCCAGCUGGAGGACUACGACCGCGCCAAGCUCAAGAAGGCGCAGAUGGACGAGUACCGCCACACCGUCUACCGCUUCCUCGAGGUGGACGACCUGCUCGAGGUCAACGGGUGGGUCGCAGCCCAACCACAAGUCCUACGAAUCUCCAGCAACAACAGCAUCAACAGCAUCAACAGCACCACCACCAGCAUCAUCAUCAGCAACAGUCGCAGGCAACGUCACAACAAUCGCAACCGCCUCAACAGCUGUCCGCGCCUGCGACCAGCGCUAGCGGUGGCGGCGGCGGCGGCGGCGGCUUCCAAUCGCACCCGACGCCCCUUCGCAGCUCACAGCGGCGCCGCAACAAAUCUGCCUCACCGGGCACCGGAGGCGGCGGCGGCGGCGGGGGCGGCGCGGGUGGCGGCGGAGGAGGCGCCGGGGGCGGAGGUGGCGGAGGAGGCGGCGGUGGCGGCGGCGCGGCGCCCGCCCGCAGCAGCUACGAGGCAAAUUGGUCAUCAAAAAAUUAAUUUUGAAAGGGCUCGUUGGGUUAAAUGGUUUAUGGAACUGCCACUGCGGGCGGCGCGCUGGCGGGAGCUGCAGCUGGAGGCGGAGGCGCCGGCGCGCUCGCGCCUCACCGACCGCGAGAAGAAGCAGGCGGCGCUGCCCCUCGCCGUCUUCGGCAGCGACCUCCAGUUCUCGGACAAGGAGGAGGGGCUGCGCCUGCUCAAGGAGGAGCUGCGCGCGCAGGCGAGCGGCGAGAGCACGCGCGCCCCGCAGGCGCCGCCCAACAAAACCGCGCGCGCCGCCGUCUUCCUGCUGCACCGCGCGCUGCGCGACAAGGUCUACUCCGUCUACUCGCUCGCCGCCGAGGCCAUCCGCAUCUUCUUCACCGAGUUCGUGCCCACCAGGGUGACGGCGGCCGAGGUGUCGCGCAGCGUGGAGCGCCUGCUGCCCGAGCUGCUGUCCAAGUCGGGCGACACCACGCCGCGCAUCCACAACAUGGCCGUCCACACCAUCCUCAGCAUGGCCGACUGCCAGGAGGUCAGGGAGCUGAACCUGAUCCCGGUGCACCUGAGCCGGCCGCUCACCAGCUCCACGCACCCGCGCCUCGCGCUCAGCCGCCUGGAGAUGGUGGAGCAGCUGGUGCUCAGCCACGGCAUCUCCACCGACAAGAACAGCGGGCUGACGUGCCGCACGCUGGCGGAGCUGGGCGCGUCGGGGCUGCACCACCCGGCGGAGGCCGUGCGCAAGGUGGCGGAGCGCGUGCUCACGCUCGUGUACCGCGUCAACCCGCGUCUCGUGCGCAAGCAGCUGCCGCCCGACGACGACAUCACGCGCCGCAACCUGCUCUACCGCCAGCUCUUCCACGAGUUCGACCGCAUCGACAUUCAGCGUAAGAAAGAAAUUUUGGAAAAAAACAAGCAAGCUGCUCGGGCAGCAAAUAUGUUCAACAACACAACCAGUUGCCCUAGCAACAAUGCUGCAGUUAGCACAAAAGGGUCAGGUCAACAGACAGGUAGCUCAUCGUCAUCUGCAAGUGCCAUCACUUCACCAAGUGAUACUUCCCAACACGACGCUGGAGAUGACAAAAUGUGCAUUUUCUGUCUUGCAAGAUCAGAAACGUUUACAGAAGAAGGUUUGAAUGUCCAUUACUGGCGCUCUUGUCCCAUGCUUUUACGAUGUGCACAUUGCAAGCAAGUUGUUGAAAUUGCCUUGUUUUCCCAGCAUCUCUUAGAAGAGUGUGAUAUGAAACAUCUCUACAAGAAGUGUGAAAGAUGCACAGAAGCGGUUUUGGCAGAUUUCUUUGACGAGCAUGUUUCGUCAGUGGACUGCACAGCUGCAGAAGCUACCUCUGUGGCCAAUCACUGUCCACUGUGUCACACAAAUAUUCCUCCUUGGGAGGACGGUUGGAGACAGCAUCUAGUGGGCCUUCCCUGCCCUAACCAUCCUCGCAAGAAACACAUCAAGCACCGGUCCAAAUCACCGUCCGAUAAAGAUCUGCCAAUCCAGCCUCCAAAAACUCCUACUCAUAUGCCUCAUGGAAUAUGAAUUUAAUAUCCCUAAGGAAUAUGGAAUAAUAUUGCGUCCCUUUAUAGCAGACUUUAAUACAAAUUAUGUACAAUUUAGCCUGAACUUCAAGUCACUUCUACAUUCAUUAGAAGUUAAUGACAUUCCUGUAAGCUGCUGUCCUUUUACACGAAGCAGAUCCAAACACCAUUUUGAUUGGAUGAAGCUCUUGUUAUCUACAGAGAUGAGGAAUCUCCUCAACUGGAAUUAUUCAGUCCUGUUAAGUUUUAUUACUGCAGGUAAUGGAAAUUGUAUUCAUACUCUUGCCACUUGUUUGUGGAAUAGAGAUCUGUUACAGUUUGUCUUCCCAUUGUUAUUUAUUUGUGAUCAUUUUCAGUAUUAAUUGUUAGGGCUGUGCUUUUAUGUGCUAAAUUAAUAUUGACUUUCAAAGCAUGCAAGUAAGGCAUACUCAAAUUUCUUAAGGAAUUGCAAUCAAUGCUCAGAAAUAGUUUGAAGUAUUGCUAUACUACUGAACUUCUUUGUCACUGUUUGAUAUGUGUUUCCGUGGGUAGAAGUAGAAAAGAAAGCACAAUCAUUGUCAAAUCUCCUCACCAUGUAAAUUGUCAUACAUAAUUCUAGUGCUGUUUUUUUCUCAAUGAAACCAGGCUUCCAUAGCUGACUGACACUAGUAUGAUUUAGUUCAACGUGAAUUAGUCAUGCAAUAUGAUCAGCACAGCCCUUGUUUUAAAAUAAUGGUAUUUUAAAACAUCAUGCAUUAUUUAUGUGAUGUGUAUACUGUGCUCAAUUUGGAAAAAGAAGAUUCAUCACUUUAUUUGAAAGAGAAGUCUUAAUAAAAUGUAUAACACCUAUUUGAAAUGUUAUUUCUACAUUGUAAAAUAAUUUUUGUAAAUUCCUACUUUUUUGUUAAGUGUUACAAAUGUGACUGCUUUAUUUUGUUAGUUCUUUUGAAGUUUAUGUAUAACUGUAUUCCCUAAAUAUGUUAAUUAUUCAUUGUCACAUAUAUUGUUCUGUUCUUUAAAAUCUGAAGUUUUCUUAAUUUGUACCCGAUGUAUACUUUUCACUAAAGGCCUAAAGAAACAUCUGGUUGUUCACUGAGUGAAAUUUAAUCAUACUCAUAAGUUUAAUAAUACAAGUAUUUUCUUAUAAGAUGUUGCUAUGCUCAACACUUUUCCAUAUUUUGUAUAUUUAUUUUACUAGAUUUGUUAAUUUUACACAAUUUGAUUGCAAUAAAGUAGGGAACUAAUAUGCAAAGUAUUACAAGCUGAAGAAACGAGCCAUGAAGAAUUCUACUUCAUUAAUGAGGGUAGAAAUUUAUGUUUUCUUUCCUCUCCCGUCUGUUUCUGAGCGUGCAGAGUUGGCACCAAUCCUUUUAAUUUGAUGCUUUUGAUGUUUCAUGUCAUUUACAGUUCAAUUUUAAAAAAAUAUUUGCUUGCUGAUCUAUGUGAAUAAUAUACUUUUGAGAUACAUGAAAUAUGUAUCAACAGUUUUUCAAUGUUACAUUGCCUUAGAAUCAUAUGUCUUAAAAAAGUGAUUUUGAAGUUCCUAAAAUGAUUUAAAACAAUUCUUUUUAUCAUUUUCUGUCCUAUCUUUCAUAAAUCUAUUAUUAAUACUUUACGAAUAAUUCUAAACAUUUGUUUUAUCAAAGUUUAUAAUACAAUAAGAACUCUUAUCAUACUGCUCAUAAUAAAAUAUCAUUAAUAAUAUAAUUGUUUGCAAUAAAAAAGGAUAAUAUAGAAUAAUUAUUGAUAAAAGGGUUCAAGUCUUUGAAAUAUUACACUUCUAAGGGCCGUUCCUAAAAUCAGCAACGCAAAUAUGGAGCAUUUUGAAUAUACCCUCUCCCUUCCAUAACAUGCCUAUAACACCUGCUUAACUCUCCCCUAAAUAAUCAUGUAUUGCUUGCAACAACCUCCGUCCCCGUAUACCAUAAGUAAAAAUAUAUUAUAUAACAGUAAGAACAAUUUGUAUUAUUUCUAUUUGUGUGCUUUAUUAAAAUUGUUGAUAAUUGGUCAAAAUUAGUGGACUUGGUAACCACACCAACUACCAAUAAUACUGGAGGCAAUUUUUGAGUGAAGGAAUGACGUACUGGCAAUAAAAUAUCUGAUAAGUCCAGCACACUUCGUCAUGGAUGAUGCAUGACCAAGAGUGUACUGUGCCAGUUUAUUUUGAUUCAAGGAUAUGCUGUAGAUCAGUUCUGAAUAUUUUCUUUUUAAUCAAAGAGAUUCAAUUAAUAAUACCACUGAUGAAAAAUACUUCCAUUUAUUGUAACAAUGAAUACAUCAUAACUUUGAAAUUUAUUUAUAUUCUUUUAAAUUUAAUUUGGUAUUAUUUUAAAGUCUUAGAAUAAAAGAGCACACACAAACACCCUCUCCUUCACCUAUGUAACCAGCAUUGCUAUGCCUCAAAUCCACUCUCCACCUCUUCAGCGAUAUGUAAUUUAUGGACGACCCCAUAAUUAAAGAUGGUGCUUAAUUUUAAACAGAUUAUGGUAUUUGAAACCUAAUUUUUAUUGUGUUUAAUUACAAAUAUUUUUAAAGGAAUAAAAAGCAAGUUUUCAUGUAUACUUCCUGGAAUAAAACCAAUUAAUUGAAAUAUAAUUCACGUUAGGGAUAUUAUACCUGUAUCUACGAUGAUUUUCCCCCCUCAGAUCUCUUCAGAAACAUAAUAAAUGAGGACUAAUACAAAUGAGUUCGUUUCUGUUAAAAAGUUUGUAAUAAACUUUAGUUUUCUACUGACUAUAACAUUUAAACUAAAUAUUCAAAAACUUUAAUUUCAUUAUUAACUUACAAUUUAGAUUUAAAAUGCAAUUGAACUGUUACAGCCAGCUUGUCUAUGAAAAUGCAGUUAAAAUAUUUGUAUAGUCAAGAAAUUAAAUCAUUUUAGGAACUUUAUAUCAUACAAUAAUGAACAGCAUUUGCAGUCUUUCUAUGUUUUCAUUCGUUCAAAUAUUUAUAGGCUUUCCAAUCGACUCUAUUGUUUCAAAAUAUCUACAACUGUAUGAAAGAAAUAUAUAUUUGCCUUUCUGUUGGGAACUGUUGACUGCAAAGGACAUUUUCUAUGAAGGCAUCACAAAAUUGAUAAUGAAAUAGAAUGUAAAAUAGUUGGUAUUUUUAAGGUUGAAGGAGAAAAGUUUCUGGGACGUAGACUGAUAUGUCUCUUUAGUUAUCUCUUCAAAAAUAACCUUUUAUUAACUAGUUUAAAUGAAAGUGAGGAAAAUUGGAUUAAUGCUAAUACUACUUUUUCUACUCAAAUUUUCUACUCAAUUUUCAGUGUUAUUCAUUCUAAAAAUUGUCUGUAUUUUACAUACUUUAUUCAUAGGAUCUUAUACAAAAUAUAACUUUAUU